AUGGCGUCCGACUCUUUACGGCAGCGUCACCCACCUACCCGAUCGGCGAGCAAUGGCUCUUCCACAAAGCGCAGCGUGGCUCGCGCGGUGGUGGCGACCUCGGCGUCGGAAUGGCUCGCGAUCCUCGCGCUCAUCUUUGGCGGAUGCUGCUCCAACGCCUACACGCUCGAACUCGCCACGCGCCAACUACCUUCGUCGGGCACGCUGAUCACGUUUGCCCAGUUCCUGAUCACAACCCUAUCAGCGCUACCGCACUUCAUCCAGCGCAGCCCACGUGCGCCGUGGAUGGAGCUCAAACCUCGCGUCGUGCCACUGUACAGGUGGGGGGUGCAGGUGGCGCUGUACCUCUCGAGCAGCCUGCUCAACAACACCGCGUUUGCGUACAACGUGCCGAUGUCGGUGCACAUCGUCUUCCGCUCCGGCGGGCUGGUGAUCAACAUGGUGCUGGGCUAUGCCGUGCAGAAGACGCGCUACUCGCUCGCCCAGGUCGCCAGCGUGCUCCUCGUCACCGCCGGCGUCGUAGCCAGCACCUUCUCCUCCCAAUCUGGCCCAACCACAACCAACGGCGAAAGAGGCGAGGUGGGCGAGUAUGCAACGGGCGUGGCGCUGUUGUUUGCCGCACUCGUGAUCACGGGCUUGAUGGGGUUGUGGCAGGAGCGCACGUUCCGGCUGUACGGCAACCAGAACUGGCGCGAGAGCAUGUUCUACUCGCACCUCCUCUCGCUGCCGCUCUUUGGACUGCGUUCGCGCGCGCUGGCGAGCGACAUUGCAGCUGCCAACAACACCACGCGCUGGUACUUUGCCUUGCACCAUCCCCACUCCACAACGAGGGGUGACUGGGCUGCACUUGUCAGACCGCCCACGCUGGACUCUACCCCCGCGCGCGUGUUUGCACUGGACCACCUCAUCCCCGCCAUCCCCGCUGGGUGGGGGAAGGGCGUAUGGGUGCCGAGUUUCUGGCCGCCGCUCGUGCUCAACGUCGCCACGCAGCUGCUGUGCAUCAAUGGCGUCAACCGCCUGACGGCGCAGGUGAGCUCGCUCUCGGUCACGCUGGUGCUGGUGGUGCGCAAGGCUCUUAGCCUGCUCAUCUCGGUGCUGCUCGUCCAGCGCUCCACCGGCACGCCGGCGCUGUGGACGGGCGCCGCCGCUGUUUUAGCGGGGACCAUCGCAUACUCGCUCUCCAAACCUCCCGGCAGCGCCAAAAAAACACUGUAG